AUGCUAACACUGGGUGAGAUCGACUUGACUACACCUCAAGACUUCAAUUUCCCAACAAUUCACGAGAUGACAGAGGGAACACACACACUACCAGACGGCCUUGAGCUGUAUACCAAAACAUGGGAGACCAGCGGAUCUCCACGUGCCAUCUUGGCCUUUAUUCAUGGCUUCAGUGAUCACUGCAAUGCCUACUACGACAUGUUCCCAAACCUGGCGGAAGCAGGAAUUGAGGUCAGGUCUUUUGAUCAGAGAGGCUGGGGCCGCGAGGUCAAGAAAUCCAGCGACAAGGGCAACACAGGCCCAACACACAAAGUCCUCUCAGACAUGCACUCCUUCUUACUCUCCCUCCCAUCAGAGUCUACUACCCCCAUCUUCCUAAUGGGCCACAGCAUGGGCGGCGGACAAACCCUCAACUACAUCCUCCACCCAGAGUCUCCCUAUAACGAAGACUCCAACCGGCCCAAGCUAAGUGGAGUCAUGCUCUACUCCCCACUAAUCGCCAUUGACCCGUCCUCCCGCCCGUCAAAGUUCACUGUCGCUGCCGGGCGUCUUGUUGCCAAGAUUUUCCCGCAUAAGCAGCGGUAUUCCCCGCUUGACCCGAAACUGCUGACUCGGGUUGAGUCUGUUAUUGAGGAUAUCAUUGCUGAUCAGUUGUGUCAUGAUACCGGCACGUUUGAGGGACUGGCUGGUAUGUUGGAUCGGGGAUUGUGGCUGGAGGCGAUGUUUGAGACGGAGGCAUCGUCUGGGAAAUGGGUUGAGAGUUCGUUGCCUUUCUGGUUUGGUCAUGGCAAUGAGGAUCGUGUUACUAGUUACCCUGCUAGCAAGGCAUUUGCUGGGGAGAUGAAGAAGCGCGGGAAGGAUGUUACUUUUGUUACUUAUGACGGAGCUUAUCAUCGGUUGCAUUCUGAAUUGCCUGAGACUACGACGAAGUUUGUUGCUGAUGUUAGGGAUUGGAUUUUGGCCAAGGCGGAUGGCGUCUCUGCUCAGGAUGAGGGGUCCGGUGUUCAGAGUGAGGAUGCUGUUGUGGCCGAUAAGGCGAAGCUGUGA